AAGCCCUUAAAAUAUUAGCUAUUUGAAACUGAUCCUUCUAUCCUGACGGACGCCGUUCGUGUUAAGUCACCUUUUGAAGAAGUCAUCAAAAUAUCCUCAGCCUUGUAAAACUUUACAAGUUUAACGGGCUUUUAAGGACGAAUUCAACGCUCCAUCGUUGACGAAACGUCGUUUUAAGCUUCCCUUUCAGGAUGGACGAAGAAGAAGAAUAUUACAGUUCCACCACUGAUGACGACUCAGAUAGUUGCGUAUCCGACUCAGAAAAUGGCACAGAUGAAGACGACCAUGGUGAAGAACUACCGGAUCGAGGAGACGGAGAGAUUCAACUCGAAGAUGAAGGCGCGGAUAGCGAUGAAGAGGAAGAAGAACUGGAAAAUGAAGAAGAAUCGUUAUUCGAUGAGAUUGCAGCCUCAGAGAAGCCAACGGCAGAAGAUUCUGAUGAAAAUGAUCCUACACCGAGAAUGAACAUUGACAUGAAUAUGCGCCGUGUUCGUAAAUUUUAUGACGGUCCCAAAGUUAGGCCACAAUAUCUCAACAUUCUGACGGACUUUGUUGACGCGGAGAUUUUCCUGAUUGACGGCGACUCUUUGCUUUUGGAGCUUCUUUGCCAAAAUAGCCUAGACUGGCAACAUGGCGGACAGUUUCUCCAUCUCACCUAUUUACUUGAACGCUUCCUCCAGUAUUUUAAAGAUAAAGGUGGUGUUUUCCACGUUGUCUUUUUCGAAGAAAUGGAGAUCAUCUGGAGGAGUCGACCAUCCAUGCUGUUGGCACGACAAGCUCUAAUUCUUCAUCUUCAGCACAACACACCUUUCACAAUUGAGACAUCAAUAGCAAGUGUUUGGGACAAGCAUUGGAAAGAGUACAUCGAUCGUAAUAUUCCCGCAUUUCUGGUGUUAACUGACGCGGAAAAUGUUCCAUGGAAAAAGACUGGAGAGACGAAAAAGCUUGAUGUGGCGGUGGAGUUUUUCUUCCGUUGUCUUCUGUUACAUUGUCUUGGACAAGGAUUGAAUUGUGUCUUUAUCUCAGGCGUCCAGAUGACUGCGACAAAAGUGACGGGAUAUUACAACGAGUCCACCUCAAAACAUAGAUCAUUCCUCAGGAAGCAUGGUGAAGCAGUCUGCAAUACAUGGGAUUGGUUGAUGAGGUAUUGGCGCCGUCAGUGUACUCAGGAAAACAUCGCCGGACGUGCAGUAACAGACAAUCAGAUUGAUCUCCAGUCGGAAGUUGAAGUUGCUCUUCAAUCUCCACCACAAGGUGGAUGUCGGGAGGUUGCCACAAUCCUUGCUUGUGUGCAAGUCCUCUUACUACUACUUCACGACGACAAUAUCAGUAAGGAUGCGAUGAAGAUUGCCGAGGAUAAGGUCAAACUUUUCCUUCUUCAAUCUGCACUUCUAAAGAAACUUCCGUUGAAGUACAGGGCUCAUACUGUAAACAGUUCUUUGUUGGACGAAUUCUGCAAAGCGAAAGAUGGCAAAGUUUAUCCAUUUUACGAAAUCCAUACAAGUUUAUGGCAGAUUUUAAGGAUGAUACAAUCAGCUUUGAGAGAUGCUUAUAAAGACGACAGUACCGCCAAUGUAUUAGACAUGACUUCAGUGGCAGAUUUAAUGGACGGACGCCUAAUCCAUACUCUCUUCUGGCUCAUCAUGAAACAGACGUCACAGGGAUCAAAAGACCUCAGUCUACCCCAGGAUGUUAAACGAGAUGUUGAGUCUGCAUGGGAGAAAGUUGUCGCUCUUGUGAAUGGAUCAUGUCAUUCAGAUUCUCUAGAAAGUCGAUUUUUUCCAUUUUUUGACGAAAGUUCUACAAGCCUCCUUUACGAGGAAGGAACAAGUCCUGAUCAAGACUCCAGCGCGAAGCUCAAAAGGCUACUAUACGUUGGAAGUGCUCUUGUGAAUGAGUAUGUUGGUGAUAUUAGAUCAAGAAUCAACGCCAUGGCUGGAGACGAGACCGAAGACAAAGUGUUUCCGAUUGGCAAAGAAUUUGAUGAGCUGUACCACUGGCAUUCUCUGAAGCCACUAUCUGAUGAUUUCGACAGGACAAAGCAGGCUUUUAAGGAUAAGCCUCCGACUGACCCCGAAGAAAGAAAAAGAUAUUUUAGACAAAAGAUGCUGUACGUUCGCUAUAAUAGAUUUUAUGGAAACUCUCUUGUUGGUGGUAUAGACGAUGCCAAAAUUAUCACCGUCAAGAAAGAGGUUCCAAAGAAGAAGAAAGGAAAGAAAAAGGAUGGAAAGAUGGGAGAAAAAGCAAAGCGAAUUAUCGAACAGAACGAAAAAAAACGCAAAGAUGAAGAAAGACAAAGAGAUCAAGAAAAAUGGAGCAACUUUCUUAAAGACAUCGACAACAACCUGAAGAAGGACAACUUCAGCACUGUUUUGCAGUUAGUCGAUAAGUAUCUCGCAGAUUGCAAAACUCCCGAACUUCAUCUUCAAGCGCUGAUGAAAAAGGCACAAAGUUGCCUUGGAGCCUGGCAGCAGACAAGAGCUGCUAACGCUGGAUCUAAUGACAUGAAAUAUCCUGUACUGCUGCUAGAGAGUGUUCAGAAAAUGGCUGAAGACUUCCACAGCCUUCUUACCGACAAAGACAAAAAGAAACUGGCUGGAUUUAUGCAGAAGCUGGGAUUCGAUGACAUUGCAGCCACGCUUUACGAUCUACCUGAAGAAAGUGAGAGAAAAGCACAACAGCUAUCGGUCCACACUACAAGCGCAAGAUUCCAACUUGACUACAUGGGCCAUUUACUCAAGCGGGAAACAAGAACUGAUCGUGACUCGAGGGUUGACCACUUCAUUCCCGAUACAUGGCAGCGUGAACUUCUUGACGCCGUGGAUAACAACGAGUCAGCGGUAAUAGUGGCACCCACCUCGUCGGGAAAGACUUUUGCCUCAUACUACUGCAUGGAGAAAGUGCUGACUCAAGACAAUGAUGGUGUGGUGGUUUAUGUUUCCCCAACGAAGGCCUUAGUGAAUCAAGUUGCUGCUACAGUUUACGCUCGCUUUCGUCGUAAAAAUCUUCCAGAGGGAAGGGCAGUGUAUGGUGUUUUCACGAGGGAUUAUCGAUACAACACGUUGAACUCUCAGAUCCUUGUUACAGUUCCUCAAUGUUUGGAGAUACUUUUUCUCUCGCCUCGUAGACAAGAUUGGACGAAAAACAUUAGAUACGUAAUCUUCGAUGAGGUUCACUGUCUUGGUCAAGAAAUUGGUGCUGAAGUCUGGGAGCAUCUUCUUCUUCUCAUUCGCUGUCCCUUCUUGGCGCUUUCGGCAACCAUUGGAAAUCCAGAUGACCUUACAAGGUGGUUGCAAGCCGCUCAAAGCUUUCGAGAGCAGCAAGACAAACAAGAAAAUGGCCAGAUGAGAGAGUCCUACAGAAUCAGACUAGUUCACUUUCAUGAACGAUACUCAGAUCUGGAGAAGAGUGUUUACCUUCCGAGUCCUAGCAAUGGUGGAUUCUCUGAAAAGUCCAGGAAAUACGAGGGUACUUACGAUGUCAAAGCGACUGGAGAGUUUGCGAGGCUUCACCCUUGUGCUCAGCUUGCAGCAAAACAGCUAAAAGAGAAUUCCUUCCCAAGAGAUAUGGAUUUCACUCCUCGAGAAUCUCUACAACUUUUUGAUGUUAUGACUAUGCACUGGCCAGACAAAGAAUCCUUGCAGAAACUUUCCCCCGAGAGGUACUUCGAGAAAAAUAAGUUCAUUGACAAGAGCUGCGCACGAAAGUACGAAAAGGACCUGAAGAAAGAAUUCAAGUCUUGGGCCGAUGAAAAACAUUUUGAGAAGGUUGAAGCCGUUUUACAGUCACUGAAUUCUAUUUUGCUGGAGAAACAGGCUUCGACUGAAGAGGAAUGGACUCAGCUAGGAAUGCCUUCGUCGGGAAAAAUUUUCAUUUGGAAAAAUUUCCCAAAGCUUGUGGAACAACUUAAGGCUCAAAAAAAACUGCCAGCGCUUAUUUUCAGCUUUGACCGCAAGUUUUGCGAAGAGUUGGCGUUUGGUCUCGCUGAGCACUUUCAAAAACGAGAGGAGGUUAUUAAACGCCAGAAUAAAGGGAAAGACUCUAAGCUUGCCGAAAAGAGGGUAAAAAAGGCGAACAAGGAAUUUAAAAGGCUGAGAGAUGAAGAGACAGAGAGUACAAACGAAGAAAGAUUGGACGACCAAGUAAGACAACAGUACGAGAAAGAUUCCUCGUUCUUAAAUGAUCCUUUACCAGCGUGCACAGUUGCCUUUACACACAAAAUUGGAGACGAGGAUUUACAAAAGAUCAUGCAUCGCAUUUGGUAUUUGCGUGGCUAUUCACUUUUAAAGGAAGCUUUAAGACGAGGAAUAAGUUACCAUCACGCUGGACUGAAAAACAAAAUUCGCGGCACCGUGGAGAUCUUAUUUAGAGAGAAGUACCUUCAGGUCGUUACAGCAACAGGAACCUUGGCCCUUGGUAUUCAUAUGCCUUGUAAAACGGUCGUGUUUGCUGGAGAUUCACCCUAUUUAAACUCUUUGCAGUACAGACAGAUGUCUGGCAGGGCAGGUCGUCGAGGUUUUGACCCUGUAGGAAAUGUAGUGUUUUUUGGAGUUCCUUCCCGUAAAGUUCAACGUCUCAUUACAGCCAAUGUUCCAAAGAUUGUUGGGAACUUCCCCAUUAACGUAUCAUUGGUGUUGCGCUUGCUUCUGAUGACAUCAAAGGGAGAUGAUCGGGAGGAUGCUCUCACGAAGGCUCUCUCACUGCUGUCGCACCCUUUCAUCUCCAUCACUCACCCCGAAAUGGAGAGCCAGAUCAAGAAACAUUUCUUAUUCUGCGUCGAGCUCCUUACCAGAUUGGGUCUUGUAAAACAAGAAAACGGCGCUCCUCUACAGAUGGCAGGACUGGCGACACAUCUUCACUAUCAUGAGCCCUCAAACUAUGUCUUGGUCAGUUUUCUUCAACGUGGUCUUUUCCACAAGAUCUGUCAACCGGAAGAGAAUGGAAAAUUCUCAGACGACGUGUUGAGAAAGAUGGUGCUCGUUCUAAGCCACUUGUUCGGCAGACGAUCCCUUCACGCUUCAUUCAAACGAACGGUCCAUUUGUGCCCCACGUCAAAAGUAAUUUUGGACGAUCUUCCCAAUGAAUUUGCUACAGCUCUAAGAGAGUACAACCGCCAAGUCACAGAUGUCUUUAGUCAGUACCUCACUGCGGUGGCUGCAGACCUCGAAAAGGAAAGAGGAGAGGAGAACAAACUCCCUUUAUCGGGCAUAGAAUAUCCAAAGCAAGGAAGUGUCGGUGACGAUGACAAGUACGAUGUUAUCGAAAGGCUCGUGUCCUCAUCCAUACCGUACUCUGCCUGCUCUUCCUUCGCUGCAUUGUCGGGAAAUUCAGACUUACGAUUGCAUUCUUCGAGCGAGACCGCAGCCAGUUAUCCGGAAUCAGACGAAAGCGAUGUCGAAGUCGCCAACGAGAACGUGACAGUUGAGCUUGGAAAUGAUGAAGAAGAUAAGGAAGAAGAACGAAUUGAUCAUCUGCUUGAGAUUGUUCGACAAGAUGUUUACACCGACAUCAAUAUUGUUCCCAUCCUCCGUCUAAAAAACUGCAACUCAGUUGGAACAGUUCAGCCCUUGAAUGCAUAUGCUCUGGAUUUUUUCAAGCACGGGUCUGUUAAAGCCAUUCAGAAAGAAAACGGAAUCAAGGCCGGAGAAGUUUUUCAAAUCUUAAAGGAUUUUCUUUUUACCAUUAUGUCAAUCAGUGCUUCUGUUGAGGAGAUGUGUCCUGAAGAGGAAUACGACAAUGUGGUUGCAGCUUUUAAACAGCUCGUCGAUGAGUAUAGAAACAAGUUUAGAAAGCAGUUCGAUGCAGAUAUUUGAAAUGGUCCCUCCAAAAGUUGAUUAAGUGUCCUUAAAAAAUCGCCAAGUCAACGAAAGAAAGGAUUUGCCGAUUGCUAACCGAUUUGAAGCUAUAAUUUUUUAGGACAAACAUAGGAGAUUAAUGCGAAAAACUCUUGUUUUCUAAAGGGAGAGUAAACAAUAAAUUGCGACCGUAAUCGUCUUCUGAUAAAACUCGUGAUUACCUUUGAGAGUCAACCUCAAAGUAGCGAUAGUAAUAUUUCUCCCUUAAAAAAAUCAUUUUGUUGUGACAAAGCAAUAGGAAUGUAUCUUUCCUUGCGCGGAAUGAUAGCGGGAAAGAUGAGCUUGGAUAGCCCAGAACACAGUAUUCGCUUCAUAGCGUCCACGGGCGCUGCCAGUAAUAUGAUAACAACAAGUACAAUCUUCUAAGUGUUCAUGUAGGGCUAUUCACCUAAAUACUUCGUUUUAACCACAAUUACAAAAACAAGUGAGCAUAUAUCUAUGAAACACACGUUCAAAAUCAGAUUCACUUUACUCGUAAUUACAAAAGUGCACUGAUUUUAUAACCUACCUCAUUGGUACUUAAUUUGGCGCUUUUGGCGAGUGUAUUUCUCGGGGUUUAUUUUCGUAAAGACAAUAGCGUUAAAUGUCGCAAUUCAAGCGUUCUCAACUUCAUUUUAUUUUCCAAAAUGUCUUCACUUUUGACGACUAACGAAAGAUAUUCAAAGGAUUUUUUCCGAAUCUAGCGAUUCAGAUGAAGAUGAUAGCAGGAUUCUGAACUAUAUAUACUCGAAAUCUUUGCAGUUUAACGCCAUUUCACAACAGAAGAUCCAACAUAGAAUUUACUAGUAAGACCAUCAUGAAAUGAUAUGUGUAUUUGUCGAUACAUGUUCUGUAUUUGUUGUGGUUAUUAUAUGUUAAUCUUUUUUUACCGGUGAUUUGAAUUUUCUAUGGAUGAUAAAAUUUCACGCGUUAAAAUUCUGCGAAGAUUUUUAU